AACACUCUGUGCGCCUCUGUGUGUCUGAGCCCAGGCAGGGAGGUGAUGUCUUGACUGACAGAGAGGCAGACGCGUGUUCUUGCUUCUCCAGCUCACAAACAACAAACAAAUAAACAACCAAACAAACUUGGAUGUUUUUUUUUCUUUUCUUUCCAUCAGUGGUUUGUUUUCUCCGGACCAGAUGUUGUGGGGACUCACUCCCUCACUCUCAUGUGCUCAGUGCUGAUGCUGCUGCAGCCGCUGCUCCGGGGCUCAAGUUGAAGUCUCGCUCUUCUUGAAGGCGUGAGCUCCAAAUGCAUUCGCUCCUGGGACGGGAAAAGAAAGAAGAAGCCGGGUUCGGCAUCGAUCUGGGUCUGUCUGCGGGCUUCCUGCCCCUGCACGGUGCUGCCACCAUGUUCAGCUGCGUGGGCUGCUUCUGGGUGCUGCUCUCCUCCGCUCUGGUCGCCGUCUGCAGUUUCAGCUUCAUAUCUCCUGCCUGGAUUGUCAAGGACCAGCUGAGGAACCAUCUCCACCAUCAGCAGCAGCCCCAGCACCUCAACAACAAGGACUCUGUGAGCUUCGGCUUGCUGUGGCACUGCUCCGAGUCUCUGGAUCACAUGUACCGGUGCUACACCUUCGGAGGACUGGGCAAAUUCUCAGAGAUUCCCUCCAGCUCCUGGCAGACCAGUGCAGUGCUUUGUUCAGGCGGCUGUGCUCUGCUGGCUGUCAGCUCCCUGUUGGCCAUCAUCACCAUCUUCCUGCCCAGUGGAGGAUGUGAGAGGAGGAUCUGCACUCUGGCUGGUUACAUGCAGAUGGCUUCAGUGUUCAUCAUGGCCGCCGGUUUGCUGGUUUACCCCUUCGGACUGAACUCGUCACUGGUCAGGACCUUCUGCGGGAACUCGGACAUCUACUACGCCGGCGAGUGCCAGAUCGGCUGGGGCUACAUGUUGGCCAUCGUCGGAGUCAUGCUCACCGUCUUCUUGCCCUUUUUCGCCAAAUAUGCACCGAAGGAGCAGCUGUCCCCCACACCUCUGCCCACGCUCUUAUAGGGCACUGAGAUGAACCUGGACUUGAUGUCGUGGAGAAGAAGAAGAAAAAAAACACCCACUUCCCAUUUCUAAUGCUGCAUUUUGAUGCUUCUGGGAAGCCUGACUCAGUGAAAACAACAAACUUGUCUUCCUACAUCCUUAUGUAAUUAAUUCAAAGUCAGUUGUUUUACAUGGAAUGUUUUUACGUUACAUUACAAAAAAAAAAUUCAACUCUCCGGCGAUUAGUUUUACACUCAAGUUGAUACGUUUUUCCACAGUUUGACUUCUCUGUUUUCAAGUAUUAACCCUGUUUGAUGUGAUUUUCAGAAUAUUUUUUCUUUCCCUCCAUUUUGGAAACAAAUCAACAUUCGGUUUGCGACAUUCCAAAACUGGGAAUUGUUCUGCAUAAAGACAGAGAUGAGAUUAUACGGGGAUCGUGAAACAACCAAUGAAGAGGCGUUCCGGCAAGAGGUUAUGACUCGACGAGAGACACUUUUUAUGUGGGGCUGUAAAUAUAGUCUUGAUUUAACAGAGCUAAUGUUUGAGGUGUGGAAAAAAAAACAAAAGAGAUCACUGACGUUUUCUGCAGACUUUUUUUUUUUCUGCCUCCGUGAUCAGGCAGCGGGAGUUCAGAGGACAGGGCUUUCAAUACCUGUCACCAAGAAACGGACCAUACACAGCGUCAGACCUGCCGAGGAGGACGAACGCAAGUCUCUUCUCAUUGUGACAAAAGUGAAUUAUAAUAAUACAAAUAACAUGUAGUGGUUUCAGAGCAGUGUCGUGUUGGGAUACUACAUCCUUUUACUUUAUCCCCCCCCAGAAUCGUUUGUGUAAUGUAACUUGCUUGUUAUAUUGUUAUAUAUAUAUAUUUUUUGCCUGCAACACACAAUACUAAACACUAAUUCAGGAAAAAAAAAAAUGCAAAAGGCAGGGAGAUGUAGGGAAUUUUGUCACAAAUGAUGCAUGGAAAGAUGGGCUUUGUUAAUAGAAGAACAAUUGAUCUAGAUUUUAAAUGUGAUCUGACCAACUUGUGCCUUUUAACAUAACUAAGACAAGUGUUGACAACAUACACCGAUCAGGUUAUCAUCUCUUUCUGCUGAAAAAUCUCGCUGUGUGAAGUGACUGAUUAGUUUUUUUCUUUGCUCCUGUAUUUUUCCCCUCUCAGAGGUCAAGUGUUGCACGUGUGCGUAAUGCA